AUGGCUUCGCAAAAGGACAAAAGCAAAGUGCACAAGUUGUCGCUGAAAGGCUCAGCGAAGCUCGUCGCAGAAUUCUUUGAAUACUCGAUACAUUCCAUCCUGUUUCAACGAGGUGUAUAUCCCGCAGACGACUUCACAGCAGUUAAGAAGUAUGGGCUUAAUAUGCUUGUGUCUGCCGACGACCAGGUCAAAGCCUAUAUUAAACGGAUCAUGUCACAACUAAAUAAAUGGAUGCUCGGUGGGAAGAUAUCAAAGCUCGUCGUCGUUAUCACAGACAAGGAAACAGGAGAGCAUGUUGAACGAUGGCAGUUUGAUGUUGAAAUCUUCAGCAAAGGCCCUCGGAGUAAAUCCUCUGAGAAGAAAGCAGACAAAGAGAAUGCUUCUCCGAAUGAUAUGAGCGCUUCUGCACAACCGGAGAAGUCCGAGAAGCAGAUCCAGGAGGAGAUCCAGGCGAUCUUCCGCCAGAUCACCGCAUCCGUAACAUUUCUGCCUAUGCUCGACGGCAAUUGCACAUUCAACGUUCUUGUGUAUGCGGAUGCCGACUCUGAGGUUCCUCUUGAAUGGGGUGAUAGCGAUGCCAAGGAGAUUAAAAACGGGGAGAAAGUUCAAUUGAGAAGCUUCAGCACGAACAGUCAUCGUGUCGAUACGAUGGUUAGCUACAGGUAUGGACUGAACCAUUCCCUGCUGAUCCCGGAGCCUUUGUAA